AUGCUGUGUGACCCUUGGCUGAAAUGGGCAGUCGCCCUGCCUUCCCUCCGCACAUGGCACACUGGCAUAGCAGCCCUGGCCGGGCCCAGUCCCCGCCGCUCCGGGCCGGUGGGCCCGGCCCUGCCUGGGAGAGCGCUGGGACUGUGUGCUGGGGUUCAGGGUAGACAGGCUCCCUCGUGUGGAGGCCGCGCCUCGGCGGCCCGGCCUCCCCUCCGGCCUCCCCCGCGGGCCGGGACGUCCAGACGCCAUGGCCGAGUCCUGUGGCCCCGCUCAGGUCCGCCCCAACUGCCGGGAUGGCCCCGGGUUCCCCGGCCGAGGAACGGGCUCUGUGAGGUCACAAUGCCGCCCUUCCACUCGAGGCCUCGGCCCCGCAGCUCCGCAGACACCUGCCCGGCUCCGCACGGACCGGAGCGUUCUCCCGCGGCCUGGGCUCGGGCAGCUGCUUCCAGCCUGGGACGGGCCUCGGCCUCGCGCGCCCCGGGCCUGGACAUGAGUGCCCAGGAGCCCCCGCAGGGUCGACGAUUCCCCAUUGAGGCCGGAGACUCCCCUGGCCUUGCCGCCGCCCCCGAGGCCCAGGACAGCCCGGAGCCGGUCACUACUGAGCACAACCCCGUCAGGCCGCUGCGUCGCUGCCCCGGCUGCCACUGCCUGACGCUGCUGCACGUGCCCAUCGACGUCUACCUGGCCAUGGGCGGGAGCCCGCGGGCCCGCGCCACCUGAGCGGGAGCCGGGCGGAACGAGGCCCGCCGCGGCCCUCCGCGGCCCGCCACGCCGAGGUCGCACGCGCCGAGCACGAGACAAUGAUGCACAUUUUAAAAUAAAAGAAUGAUGCACAUUUUA